AUGAAGAAGCUCCCCGCCCCCUCCAGCACCUUUGCCGCCAAAAAGUCAAGGAUCCUCUCCCAGCUCGCGUUGCCCGACGACCAGUACGCCGACGCCUCGCCCAAGGGCUCCGUCGACGCCGGCAUCCGCGCCCUGAUCGACCGCAUCAACACGGCCCACGAGGGGCUCGUCACGACGAGCAGCUGCGCCGGGCGCGUGAGCGUCUACCUCGAGGGGCCCAAGGCUCCUCGUCCCCCGGCUCCUGGCGGGGCGGAUGUUACUGCUGGUGGUGGUGGUAGUGGUGGCGAGGUUGCUUUGGAGGGUGGGCGGCGCGGGGAUGGCGCGGCAGGGAGUUUGAGUUCGGCGGUGGGUGGGAAGGGCGGAGGGGAGUGGUUGUUCGUGUCGCAUGAUCCGGUGGUGGUAGAGGAGAAGGAGGAGGAGGAGCGGCUUCGGGGUGAGGAUGAAGCGUAUUAUGAGAGGUUGCUGUUGGGCCUGGAGCCGGCGACGACGGCAGCGGUGAGCGGGAGCGGGGCACAGGAUCUCGGAUCGGUGACGCCGGCGUCACGGCUGAUUCAUUUCAAAUUCGAGCCAAUGAUUUUACAUAUCUUGACCGCCUCGGUGGAGCAUGCGCAGCUGGUCAUCCAGGCAGGCAUGGAGGCCGGCUUCCGUGAGACCGGCGCCGUUAGCCUGCUAGCGCGGCAGGCCGGCGAGGAGGCAACGCCCGUGGUUGCGGUCCGGUCGAUGGGCUUAUCCUUCGAGUCGUUGAUCGGGGUUGAGACGGACGGCGUUCGCCGGCUGAUCGUGUCGACGCAGUAUUUGAAGACACUGGUGCAGAUAGCCAAUGAUCGGUUUGUCGAGAACAAGAAGAGGAUAGAUAGAUUCAGCGCGGCGCUCAGUGAGGCCUUCGCACCUCCGAAGGGCAAGGAGAACUGGGAGGAUGCGCAGUCGAGAAGAGAACGCAAACGACAGGAGGGCCUGAGGCGGCGAGAGCAGCUCCGGAAAGACAAGAAGACCGAGGUUGUAGACGAGUCGCGCGCGGACUCGAUCAUACAAUUACCGGAGCUUGUCUAGAUUCAUCUUCACAUUUUCUGUGCCGUCGUG